CAAGGUGGCUUCAGUUGCUCGACCUCUACGGAUAAACACCAGGACUCCCAACGACCUCACUUGCAAACAGACCAAUUCCUCAAAGCUACCCAAAGGAGCAAUCUACUGCCGACUCUCACCCGCGCAUCCUCCUCCGACACCACAGUUCUCGCGACGGUCAAGAUGAUUUCAGACAACACACUCUAUUCGCUAGCGCUCUUCCUCGGCGGCCUCUCUAUGCUCCUCAUUGUCCUCUACCACUUUCUCGAAAUCAACUCGGAAGAACACAAGGCGCUCAAGGCGAAGAGCAUACCUGGCGCGCAGCAAGGCGCAGGAAAGGCAAAGAGUUAGAUGUAUGACUUCUGGGAGCUUUAGGCCGACUACAUUUCUACGCCAUGGUGUAUAGGACGACGUCUGAGAGGAGAAUGUCAGGGAAUAGAUGGCAGAUCUUCUAUGUACUCUUCUGCUCAAUUCCUCGAGUGAGCUGUUUCGAAGCAGGAGCGGUCGCCUUGAAGAAUACGGCGUUUAUCAGGAUUCUGAGGGGCCAGUGCUGCCAAAAGGGACUUUUCUAGCAUUAACAGGCGUUUACGGGAAGUGAAUCGGUCAAUGUGGCAGCGAUGAAUGCAUUCCGUUGAAUUCAUUGGUAUCAGAACUAUUUUGAUCCUUGACCGCAUACCUUAACUGUUUCAUGCCCUCAAGAUCUGCUGCCAGCAGAUAGAGCCGUACCUAUGAUACAGAUUCUGUCCCCCGAUUGCAGCAAAAGGGGUAUUCCUUGUAACAAAUAACUCCAAAUUCGCAAUCGCUUCCAU